CUCCACCACCAACAAAAUCAUCCCAUCUUCUUUUACCCCCACAUUCUAGGAACCCUCUCGUUUUCUUUGCUUCAUUUCCUCUCUAACUAUGGCCACGGCGGCGCGCGGGAUUCGCUGCGAGCUUAGGAGGUUCCAGACUCCGGCAGUUCGAUGCGGAGGAGAUCAACCUCUACCUCCGGCGCAGGUUACAGUUCCGAAACUGACCAAGAAAUCGAAGAUCAUGCUUCAGCCUCGGCUAUGCACUUUGAGAUCGUACGGCUCGGAAGGCUCAGAUCUUGUCAGUGUAAUGAAGACGAAGAAAGAUGGUGGAGGAGUCGUGGGCGAUGAAGCGAUGUCGUUUUUCGCGACUCUGUCGGACUACAUCGACAGCUCCAAAAAGAGCCAGGACUUCGAGAUCGUCUCCGGUCGUCUAGCCAUGGUGGUGUUUGCUGUGACUGUGACGAAGGAGGUGGUGACCGGGAACUCGUUGUUCGGGAAAGUAGAGACGGAAGGGAUAGCGGAAGCGGCAGGGGUUGGUUUGGCCGCGGUGACGUGCGCUGUGGUUGCUGCUGUGAUGACCAGUGCUCGAACCCGAGUGGGUCGGAUCUUUAGUCUGGGAUGUAACUCUUUUAUAAACUCGCUGAUUGAUCAGAUCGUCGACGGCUUGUUCUACGACACGGAUAUUACUGAUUGGUCUGACGACGUCUGAGAAGUUAGACAAUUGCCCAAAUUACAAUUUACAAAGUUAGAUAGAAGUGAAGGUUACAAUACGUACGUAGUGUCUGUUGAGCAAGUUUGGAUGCAUAUGGAUGGAGGAUGAAUAGUGAGUUCAUCCUUUGUAGACUACAAUAAGCGAGAUUAAUUAAAUUGUAGUAACUAGAAAACAUAUAUAUAUUGUAGUAACUAGAAAACAUAUAUAUAUAUAUAUAUAUAUAUGAUCCCCUACUUAUUGUAAAGCUAUAGCGUUUAGAAGUAUAUCGUUACCAAGCCAAUGACAUAUAUCCUGCUUAAUGGAAAAUAUAUGCAGAUGGCUUUUAUAUCCACUCUUCUAGCUGGUCAAGUGU